CAUAUUAUAUAAGCAAAGAACUUCGCAUCCAGCGAAACCAAGAACGACAAAAAGAAAAAAAAAAACAAAAUUUAGAGAGAGCCAAAACAAAACGAGAACUAAUAUCAAAUUUCUUAAUUUCAACCUAAGAAGGUGCGUUUUUGAUCCUUCUUUGACUCCAUUUCAAUCAGUUUCAAACUUUCAACAAUCUAUCCUUUGAAGAUCCAUAUGGCAGCCAUAGAUAUGUUCAGUAGCAGCACUGAUCAUUCUGAUCCUUUCAAAGAAGAGCUCAUGAAAGUACUUAACCCUUUUACCAACUCUCUUUCUUCUCUUCCUCCUCCGGUUCCAAACACAAUCUUCGGUUUCAAUCAAAGCACACCUCUCGGUCUAAACCAGCUCACGCCUUACCAAAUCCAUCAGAUCCAAAACCAGCUUAACCAAAGACGCAACACCAACAUCGCAAACCUCUCACCAAAACCAGUCCCAAUGAAGAACAUGGCCACUCAGAAACUCUACAGAGGAGUUAGACAACGGCACUGGGGAAAAUGGGUUGCUGAGAUCCGUUUACCCAAGAACCGGACCCGGCUCUGGCUUGGAACUUUCGACACAGCUGAAGAAGCAGCCAUGGCUUAUGAUCAAGCUGCUUACCAGCUUCGUGGCGAAUUAGCAAGGCUUAAUUUCCCACACAUCAAACACGAGUAUGGAUACGGAGGCGGUGAUAGAAUCUUUAAGCCUCUUCAUCCUUCUGUUGAAGCAAAGCUCGAAGCGAUUUGUCAGAGCUUGAGAAAGACAGAGAAUGAUGAACUCCCCUGUUCUGAAACAGAGCCUUUCCCGCCAAAAGCAGAGUAUCAAGAAACUGAAUUUGGGUUUUUGAGAGCUGAUGAGAAUUCGUUUUCCGACGAGUCUCUGGUUGGAUCUUCUUCGCCGGAGUCGGGUAUUACCACUACGUUCUUAGAUUUCUCGGAUUCAGGGUGUGAUGAGAUUGGGAGUUUCGUGCUGCAGAAGUUUCCUUCUGUGGAGAUUGAUUGGGAUGCGAUUAACAAGUUGUCCGAAUCUUAAAUGUCAUAUUAGUUUAGCUAAUCUCUGCAACUUAAUUUUUCAACAGUUGUGGGAGAAUCAGCUAGGCUUUGUUUCUGUUGAAAUCUUCCUCCAUGUGUUCGGUCUGGCUGGUUUAUGUUUUUAUUUUUAUUUCUUCUCACAAACCUUGUCUUUUGACCAACCGGAGAAGUCUCCAUGUAUUUAUACCAUCUUUAAGUUUCUAAUGAAUGUAAAUUAUACUA